AAGGCUCCUUUCAGUUACCAUAGCCAUAGAAAAGAAAAGAAAAGAAAAUAGAAAGAAAGAAUCUUUGCGGCCAACUUCUAACAGUCUAUUAUUACACAUUCGUCUUCUUCACCUCCGAACAGUCGCCGGAAUCUCUCUGUAUAAUAAUUUUUAAUAAAGAGCGACAAGUCGUUCAUCAUCCAAUAUUAAAAGAAAUCCACAAGCAGGCGGCCAAAAGUAAAAUUAAAAAAAAUCAAUGGCGGCCUGUCCCUCCUGCAUUUUCUUCCUGAUUCUGACACUUCCAGGUUAUAUCAGUUAAAACGACGUAGUUUCUGUUAUUAUCUGGAAGGAGAAAAUGGGAGAGACAAGUCAGCUGAAACGAGCAGUAAUAGACACAACAGCCGGAGCAAUCACCGGUGCUAUAUCUCGUACCAUCACUUCUCCAUUGGAUGUUAUUAAGAUUAGAUUUCAGGUACAAUUGGAGCCUACAUCGUCAUGGGCAUUGGUUCGAGGAAAUAAUAGCACUAUCGGACCGUCAAAGUACACUGGAAUGUUACAAGCUUCUAAGGAUAUUCUUAGAGAGGAAGGUUUGCCGGGUUUUUGGCGUGGUAAUGUCCCAGCUUUACUCAUGGUUAUGCCGUACACUGCCAUACAGUUUACUGUGUUACACAGAUUGAAAACUCUUGCUUCCGGUUCUUCAAAAUCAGAGAAUCACAUUCAUCUGAGUCCUUACCUCUCUUAUGUCAGUGGGGCAUUAGCUGGGUGUGCAGCAACAAUUGGAUCAUACCCAUUUGAUCUACUAAGGACCAUAUUGGCUUCACAGGGUGAACCUAAGGUGUAUCCAACAAUGAGAUCGGCAUUCAUUGACAUAAUAAAAAUCCGUGGCUUCAAAGGCUUAUAUGCUGGAUUAUCACCCACACUAGUUGAGAUUGUUCCAUAUGCUGGCCUUCAAUUUGGCACCUAUGACACAUUUAAGCGGUGGACGAUGGCCUGGAAUCAGCACAGGCUCUCCAAUACAAGCGCAGUCAAUAAUGAUAAAAGCCUUUCAAGCUUUCAGCUUUUUCUCUGUGGGUUAGUUGCUGGGACAUGUGCUAAACUUGUCUGCCAUCCUCUUGAUGUGGUAAAAAAGAGAUUCCAGAUUGAAGGACUUCCGAGGCAUCCAAAGUAUGGUGCUCGUGUUGAGCACCGGGCUUACAAAAACAUGCUUGAUGCCCUUCGACAAAUUUUUCAUGCAGAGGGUUGGGCCGGUCUUUACAAGGGCAUCGUUCCAUCAACUGUCAAGGCAGCACCAGCUGGUGCUGUAACAUUUGUAGUUUACGAAUUUACAUCAGAUUGGCUAGAGUCUACUUUGACUUGAAAUUAACAGUCCUUAUGUUUUCUAUUUCUAAUUAUUUUGGUAAAUCAUGGAGUCAUAUCAUUCUUUUUCUGUAAUCUUAUAUUGUCCCAAGGGAAGGAAUUGGGGAUCAUUUUUGUUUCUUUAAACUUAGUCAAAUCAAUAGGCAGUUUUAUACUUCUGUAAUUGUAAAGUAAGCACUGGAAAUAGAAUAGAGCUCAAUGAAAUUUUUUUAUAUUA